ACUCGCAUUAAAAAAAUGCAUGAAUUUAAUGCAUAUGAAUUUCAUCAUCAAUUGGCCAAUAUGGCUAAUAAUAUAUUGGUUUCAAAUGUUAAAUUAUCAUCACCAUCAUCAACAACAACAUCAACAUCGGGAUCAUCACGAUCAUCAUCAAUAUCAUCAUCAUCAUUGUCUAUGUCUAGAGGUAUAUCCAAACAUAUACAUGUAAAAACGAUACAAGAUCCAGCAUUAACUGCUGCUUUACAACCAUCAUGGACAGCACCAAAAGAAUAUUCAUCCGAUUUAUUUAAUUCAUUGGAUUAUGAACCAUCUAAUCAAAAAUCUUAUCAACAGCAUUGUUAUUCAUUGAAUAAUAGUAACAAUAUUAAUAAUCAUCAUCAAUCAAAUAUUCAUACUGAAUUAAUACGUACUGAUUCGGGAAAUUCAUCAUUGAAUACAAUCGAUUCGAUUAGUAAUCAUAGUUCAAGAAGUUUAUCAUCAAGCAUUAAUGAUGGAUGUUGUCCAUAUUAUGGAUCCGAAUUAUCCACAAAUUUAGAUGAUGAUUCAUUAUUGAUCAAUGUGUUUGUACCAGAAACACAAUCAGAGUUCGAUAUAACCUGUUCAUAUCGGCAAUCAAUUUGGUAUGUCAAAACCGUAUUGAUUGAACGAUUAUGUGGCAAUACAAAAAACGGUCAUAAUAAUAAUCAUCGAAAUUCACGAUUACUACGUGAUGAUCAAUGUCUUAACUAUGGCCUUUUCAGUGCACAAUUGGGUUUGUUUCUCGAUGAGCAGCUAACAUUUAAUGAAUAUUUUUGGAACAAAAAUAACCAUUCUGGUAGCACCAAUACCAUAAUCAACUAUAAUAAUAACGACGAUAAUUUACCAAUAUUGAUCAAUCAUAAUCAUUUCAAUCCUGACCAACAUCAAUCAACAACACCACCAAUAUCAAAACAAUCACAUCAACGAUCAUACAAUAACAAUACUACAAUCAAAAAGAAUACAAUUGUUAAAUUAGAAUUUCUUUAUAAACAACGAGUCAAAUACGGUGAAAUAAUGAGUACAUUGCCCCUUGCAAGCGCAACACGAAAAAAACGUAAACGUUCACGUCUUUUGACGGCUAUUCAAAAUGGUAACCUAGAUAAAUUGGCCAAAGCAUUGGUCAACUGUGAUCCAAAUUUUGUUGAUGAAUCAAGUGGUGAUACGCCACUUUCAAUAGCAGCAUCAUUAUCGAUUUCAAAUAGUACAACACAGCAACAGAUUAUUGUCGCCAUUGUAAAUGGUGGCGCUUUGCUUGAUUUUCGUACCAAAGAUGGCCGAACAGCAUUACAUGUUGCUGUACAAAAAUCCAAUUUCAUCGCAUUAAAAACUUUAUUAGAUUUGGGAGCAUCACCAAACUAUCCUGAUACAAAUGGUUUAACACCAUUAUAUUAUAGUGUUAUUCAUAAAGCUAAUCCAAAACUAACUCAACUGUUACUUUAUGAACAUGCUAAUCUAGGUAUUAUCGAUCAACAUGGAUGGCAGGAAAUUCAUCAUGCAAGUAAACUUGGAUUGGUUCAACAUCUUGAACAUUUAUUAUUCUAUGGCUGUGACAUGAAUAGUAGGAUAAUUGGCAGUGGUAAUACUUCAUUACAUGUAGCUGCCAUAAAUGAUCAAGUUGAAUGUGCACGAAUACUUUUACUUCGUGGCUGUGAUACCAGCAUUGUGAACAAUUCUCAUCAAAAUGCAUACCAAGUAGCUGUCAUUGCCGGUAAUAUGUCAUUGGCCGAUUAUAUUAAAGAUCAUAAACAAGAAAAUGUAGUACCAUAUCGGGACAAACCUCGUUAUAAUCCGGCACGUCGUCCAGCCACGCAUUCAUCACAUGAUGGUAAUCAAAUAACGCCGAAUAAAUCUAAAUUACUUGAUGUUAAUGGUGGUGCCGGUAGUGGAAGAUCCAUAUCACCAUCAUUAUCACAAUUAACAAAUAAUACUACAACUACAUCUUCUGGUGUUUGUUGUGACGAUGAAGAUGAUCCAAACAAUCAAACAAAACAACAACGUUCUGUGAUGAACAAUGGUAAUAAUAUCGAUAAUGCUCAACCGGAUUAUGAUGAUAACGAAGAUGAUGACGAUGAUGAUAAUGAACAAAAUGGAAAUAUUAUUCCAAGUAGCGAAAGUGAAGAUAGUACAGUGUUCACGCCGGGUAUGAUGGUCAAAGCUAUUUCUGAUUAUAAUUCCGGAGAUCCAAGUCAUAUGCAACUUCGUCGAAAUGAUCAUGUACUUUUAUUACACAGUGAUCAUUCACCACCAACAAUUGCUUCGCAAAAACUUUUACUUGGUCGAAGAUGUUUAGAUAGUCAAGAAGGUUAUUUUCCUGCCUGUUGUGUUGAAAAAAUUAAACCGAUUAAGGAUACCGAUUCAAGUGAUCGUGUUGAAGGAAGAAGAGAUAUGAAAAUGAAAAAUAUGCAAGCAGCUACUUUACCAACACGUGGACGAAGAGGAGCACGAAAAAGCUAUUUGGACAAAAGUACAACUCGUCAAUACCAGGAUCGUACCGUUACCUUACAUCGUGGUAGUAAAGGAUUCGGAUUUGUGUUACGUGGUGCUAAAGAUUCAUCUCCCGUUCUUACUAAACAAUUACUGCAACAGCAAGGAUCAGUACCGUUGAUAGGUUUACAGUAUUUUGAUGAAAUCGAAGUGGGUGGAGUUGCUGAUGCUGCUGGAUUGAAACGAGGCGAUUUUCUUCUGGCUGUCAAUGAUGUUGAUGUUCGUCAUAUGUCGCAUGAAAAUGUUGUUCAAUUAAUUCGACAAUCUGGCGAUAAAGUAACGAUGACCAUUGCCACACCGGUGCCAAAACAACUUGUUUCUAUUUUGAAAAAGAAAGGAAAGACAGGUCAAACGAAUAACUACAAUGCAAACAAACAACAACAAUCACCAGUAGCCGAUUCAAAACAAACAAAUGGUAUGAUGCCACCUCCGCCACCUCUUCCAACAUCGGAUACGAUGUCUUCUAGUCAAUCACAAAUUCAAAUGUCACAAUCAGUUUAUGCAUCAUUCAAUAACAGUAAUCGUGGGACGAAAGCUCCACCACCAGCUCCACCAAAACGUGAUCCAUCAACUACAUUAUCAAAUACGUCAAGGGCUCGGGCGCGUUCAUUGGUCGUUGCAUCCGAAGUUCGUACGGCUCAUAACCAAGCCCUAAUAUUGUUGAAUGAAGUCAAAACGGCAGUCGAUGAUGAUAAGCCCAAUGAAACAAAAAAAUAUUCAUCAAAUGCUAAUACUAGUGAAUCAAUUACUGAUAGAUCUCGUUCGAUGCGUCGAAUUUCAUCAUUUGAACCUACUGAAUAUAGCAUCAAUAAUAAUUCGGAAGAUGUUUGCAAUUCAAAAGCUGAAACAACUAACAAAAAUGAAAAAGUUGCAGAAAUUCAUAAACGAGAUUCAUUUACAAUGUCGCCGCCGGCAUCACCACCAAAUCAUUCGAUUGUGGAUGUUACACUUGUCAAAGGACCAAUAAGAAAGAAUAACGAAAAGCAGCAGCAGCAACAACAACAGCAAGGAUUGUUGUCAAGUUUUCAACCAGCUACUAGCAAACAAGACAAUGAAUCGAAUAUCAGGCCUCAGAUUCCUGAUCCUGAUUAUUCCAGUGAUGAAGAUGAAAAGAAUAAGAAAAAGAAUGCCUCCAUCUCAACGGAUACCACUCCAAAGAAAGCCGAAAAAAUCAAAUUAAUGACCAAAGCGACUGUGGUAUUGAAAUCAACUAGUCCUUGUCCACCUGAAACUGAUAUUCAAAUCACAGAACCUAAAUCAUCUGAAUCAUUAAAGAAUGGAAUCAUCGGAUCGAAAAAUAUUUUCGAUGAACUAAAAGAACAAAGUGCCAAAAUAACAUCAGCGGCCAGACUUCGUUUUGCAACAACCGAAUCUGAUGGAAUAGUUGGAACUGCAGCAAAUACAAAUAGCAGCCAAGUUUCUACAAAAGCUCCAAAUAAUGUCAAGAAAAAUGUUGCUGAAUUUGAAAAACGUUUGAACGGUUCAAGCAUUUCAAAAGAUCAAAUGGAUAGUCAACAAUUACGAAUGUCUAAAUCUUGUAUGGAAGAUUUUACUCCACAACAAUCAGCUAUGAUGAACACGUUGAAAAAAGAAAUAAUUACCAAGCCUAAUUUGAGACAAAAACAACCGUGUGAUCAAUCAACUGAUUUCCGUCGUAAUUCUGCAAUCAUAUCGGCAAUGGCGGAAAAAGUAGCUGCAGUCAAUCAAUUAGUUGCUGAACAACAACAACAGCAAACGGGAUCAAAAUCACUUAAUUCAUCACCAAUACCAGCUACUUUAGGAAAAGUUCCGGGUCAAGUUAUUUCCAAUUCAACAGUUGUCGUACAGAAACCGAUUGCUAUUUUACCUGGUGCUUCAUCCGGAUCAUUGAUUCGUAGAUGUGUAACUGUUUGUGAAGAUCCAGUCAAAGCCAUUCAUCUUCAACAACAGCAUCAACAACUUCGAUCUCAAUUAGCAGGAACUUCAAUGGUGACCGCUGGUGGUACAUUGACUCGAACAAAACCAACACAUUCCUCAUCAUUAGCUGAACCAACAACGUCAUCAAUACUUAAACAACCUUCAAAAUCUCAACAACAACAAAUACGGUCCAUUAAUCAGCAAUAUCAUUCUGGAACAACAACUACCGGUUCUAUUGAUGUUGUACCUCCUCCACCAGAAUUUGCCGUUCCAUUACAACAGCCAACAAUUCAAUCAAAUCGACAAAUAUCGAUUCAACAACAACCAAUUACAGCAAACCAAAAAAUCUAUUUACAAAGACAAUUGCAAUCAUCAUCAUCGACAACAUCUCCAAUCACUAUUCAACAACAACAACAACAAUCCGGUUCUUCACAGGUUCAUCAUCAACAUUCCCAGGUUAGCAUAAAGACCAUAUUGAAAAAACAAUCUAGUGAAAAUAAUCAGAAUUAUUCGACAAUCGGAAAUUGUCAACGAAAAACAAUCGUUAAAUAUGUUCUUUGAUUUUGAUUUAUUAUCAUUAUUAUUAUGUAAUUAUUAUUAUUUUUGCAUCUUGUCUUUUUUUUUU